UGACGGCUCCUCUCUUCCUCCUACAUCGGGUCAUGAGUCACUGCGCAUGUGCGAGAUUUCAGAUACACAAGGGGGGGAAGAGAAACACAGUUGUUUUAAACAUGGUGCUUUCCAGGCGCAUUUUCUAUUAAGAGAUGAUGAAAUAAGGAGAGAUGUCUAACAGAGGGAAAGACGAACCAAGAAGCAAGCACAGUGUCAAGCACCACAGGAGAAGUGAGGAUAAUGCAGUCAGUCCAGGCAGCACCUGUGAUCAAGACCAGGAGCAGGAGCACAGUAGUCGCAAGAGGAGGCGAAGUAGUAGCAGUGGGACCCACACAUCCCAAGAAAUCAAAAAAAUCAAGCAUGUGGAGACUUUUUAUGAAAAACCACCACCAGGUUUAAUCAAGGAAGAUGAACCUAAGCCUGAGGACUGUAUACCAGAUUUGCCUGGCAAUGAACAUGCCAGAGAUUUCUUAGCACAUGCUCCAACUAGAGGGCUCUGGAUGCCACUAGGAAAAGAAGUCAAAGUUAUGCAGUGUUGGAGGUGUAAGCAGUAUGGCCACAGAACCGGUGACCGGGAAUGCCCUUAUUUCAUAAAAGGCAAUCAAAAAAUUGAGCAGUUCAGAGUGGCACAUGAAGAUCCAAUGUAUGGUUUGAUAAAAAAUAAGGAGCAUGAGGAAAAGCAAAUGAGUCAUGUUCCAUAUUAUAGAAUCCAGCAGCUUAAAAAGUUAUUGGAAGACUCAACCUCCGAUGAAAGCAGCAGUUCCAGUUCUGGUGACUCUCAUGGCAAGCACAAGAAGAAGAAAAAGAAGAAAGAUAAGAAAAAAAGAAAGAAGAAAAAACACAAACAUUCACACAAUAAUUCAUCUUCUGAAUAAGCAAGUUGCAAAGAAUUUUGCCUGAAAAGUUACUAUGGCUUUUGGUUAACAACCAUAAAAGAUAAAGUUUUGUGUGGAUGUACUGCAACCAAACAGGACCUACUAGGGCAGAUUUAUCAAUAAUCGCGAUGAUCAAAAAUGUGUCUUUAAAAAAAAUGAAAUCGUCAGCGUUCAAGCAAGUUGAUAUUUAAGUUUUUUUUCAUGGAUUUUUUUUUUAAAGACAGUUGGAUCCUACAGCCUUUGAAAAAAAAAAUAGAACACUGCAGUUUUGUUUGUGGCUUUCUUUUGCCAUAUAAGCGAUUAUUAUUCUUCAAUAAACUAGUUAUUGUUGAA